CGUGGCUACAUAUAUACCAACCAAAACACCACGUUAAAAACAUCCCUCUCGAACACAUACUUCUCUGAUAGUACCAAAAUCAAGAAACAAGAAACAUAAAAUGAAGAGCCUAGCCAUCCAAAUCCUGAAAGGAAGAUGGUUUAUGUUCUUCGCAAGUAUCUUAAUCAUGUCGGCGGCUGGAGCCACUUACAUGUUCAGCCUCUACUCGAGUGACAUCAAGACAACCUUAGGCUAUGACCAAACCACUCUCAACCUCCUCGGUUUCUUCAAAGAUCUAGGAGCCAACGUCGGUAUCCUCGCGGGUCUACUCAACGAGGUGACUCCUCCUUGGUUCACUCUCAUGGUCGGAGCUAUACUUAACUUCUUCGGCUAUUUCAUGAUCUGGCUUGCCGUUACAAAACGGAUCCCCAAGCCUCAAGUUUGGCACAUGUGUCUCUACAUCUGCGUUGGAGCUAACUCACAGUCGUUCGCUAAUACCGGAUCCAUCGUCACGUGUGUUAUGAACUUCCCGGAGUCACGUGGUGUUGUCUUGGGGAUUCUCAAGGGAUAUGUUGGUCUUAGUGGCGCUAUUAUUACACAGCUCUACCAUGCCCUUUAUGGUGACGACACCAAAUCUCUAAUAUUGAUGAUUGGUUGGUUACCUGCAGCAAUCUCGUUUGCUUUCUUGAGGACGGUAAGGAACAUGAGAGUGGUGAGACAGACCAAUGAGCUAAAGGUGUUUUAUAACUUCCUCUACAUAUCGUUUGGGCUAGCGGCGUUUCUCAUGGUGGUCAUCAUCACCGACAAACUCUCCGGCUUUACAAGGAGUGAGUAUGGAGGCAGCGCCGCGGUGGUGAUCGUCUUGCUACUUUUGCCGAUCAUAGUCGUCGUCAUGGAAGAAAAGAAGCUCUGGAAAGAUAAACAAGUCACCUUAAAUGAUCCAGCACCAAUCAAUAUCGUCACGGAGAAAGCGAGCUUAGAUUCAUUAGUGGUCAAAGAUGAUAAUGAAAGGUCAAGGGAAGUGAAGAGGGUUAAAACGGCGUCGUGUUGGACGACUAUAUUUAGUCCACCGGAGAGAGGAGAUGACUAUACGAUCUUGCAAGCGUUGUUUAGCCUCGACAUGUUGAUAUUAUUCUUAGCGACCGUAUGUAGUGCGGGAGGGACGUUGACUGCGAUAGACAACUUGGCUCAGAUAGGUGGCUCAUUGGGCUAUCCAAAGAGAAGCGUAAGCACGUUUGUGUCACUCGUAAGCAUAUGGAACUACUUCGGUCGUGUGACUUCAGGUGUGGUCUCGGAGAUCUUCUUGAUCAAGUACAAGUUCCCAAGACCUAUAAUGCUCACAAUGGUCCUCCUCUUCUCAUGCACCGGUCACCUCCUAAUCGCUUUUAACGUCCCUGGUGGACUCUACGUUGCAUCAGUCAUCAUAGGGUUUUGUUUUGGUGCGCAAUGGCCGCUCCUAUUUGCUAUAAUCUCCGAGGUUUUUGGGCUUAAGUACUACUCUACUUUGAUUAACUUUGGGUCGGUCGCUAGCCCGAUCGGGGCUUAUUUGCUAAACGUUCGGGUCGCUGGUUAUUUGUACGACAAGGAGGCGGAGAAGCAACAUAAAGCAUUAGGGGUAUUGAGAAAAGAGGGGCAAGAUCUUAGCUGCAUGGGCACAGCUUGUUUUAAGUUGUCAUUUAUUAUAAUUACCGUGGUAACUUUGUUUGGUGUGUUGGUCUCUAUGGUUUUGGUGGUCCGGACCAAGAAGUUUUACAAGAGUGAUAUCUACAAAAGGUUUAGAGAAAAAGCGUUGGAGACUGAGAUGGAGAUGGCCCCGCAUGCUCAGGCAAAAUCUAUGGUGGACGAGAAUGAUAAUGUUAGUGGCAAAGGACGGUAAAGUUGCUUAGUAGAUGAUGUAAAAAAUAUAUUAAACAAGAAAAUGUGGUGAAGUAUUUUGUAGACAUAUUAUAGGUUUCGUGUCCUUGGUCCAUUCACACCUUCUUUUAGAGCUACUAUACUUUAUUUGAUGUUUUUAUCGUUUUGUGUGUUUGGAACUUUGGAGUCUUGGAAAGUAGUGAAAGCUUAAAGCUUUGGAGA